AUGGCUAUGGAGAAGGCUACAGCUCUCCUCAAGGCGCUCCCUUCUGCCAAGGUGUGCACCUCGCUGAGCUCAGCAGUGAGUGCGGCAAAUGCAUCAGAGGAGGGCAAGUGCUGGGCCGCUCUUCAGCUUGGAACCUCCACCCUCUCCGAGGUGCAGACGGCCCUCCAGCAGGGAUCGAAGCAGCUCGCAGUGCUGUUAGUGGCCACACAGAAGCCUGUCUCGCAGCUGGAGGUGCUGCGUGCGAUGGAGUACGGUGGCGUCUAUGUGGCUGCUGGAGAAUUAGAGAGCUCAGGCGCCCUCCUCAAGGAGGCUGCUGGCUACACGGAGGGCCCUGCUUUCGUGCUGCUCGCUCCAGCAGAGACCAUCAAGGGUGAUGAGAACUGGACAUCCUUCAGGUACGAUCCCCGCAAGGAAGACAAAGGCCUGCCUGCCUUCUCCACAGACAGCACGCGCGUCCGUCAGGAGAUUCAGGGCUUCCUUUCCAGGGAGAGUCUGCUGACGCUGAUCGCAAAGAAGUCGUUGCCUUCUGCCACGGCUGCCGACAGUGGUGAUGCUGCCGCCCUUAGCGAAGGCCUUGCUGCGGCCUCAAAGACC